GCAAUGGCUGCCAUCCGGAAGAAACUGGUGAUUGUUGGUGAUGGAGCCUGUGGAAAAACAUGCUUGCUUAUUGUCUUUAGCAAGGACCAAUUCCCAGAAGUCUAUGUACCCACAGUAUUUGAAAACUAUGUGGCAGAUAUUGAAGUGGAUGGGAAACAGGUAGAGUUGGCUUUGUGGGAUACAGCUGGGCAGGAAGAUUAUGAUCGCUUGCGGCCCCUCUCCUACCCAGACACUGAUGUUAUACUGAUGUGUUUUUCCAUCGACAGCCCUGAUAGUUUAGAAAACAUCCCAGAGAAAUGGACUCCAGAAGUUAAGCAUUUCUGGCCCCAUGUGCCCAUAAUCCUGGUUGGAAACAAGAAGGAUCUUCGGAAUGAUGAGCACACAAGGCGGGAACUGGCCAAGAUGAAACAGCACGGUCUGGGCAGGGAGCCAGUCAAACCGGAAGAGGGCAGAGAUAUGGCAAACAGAUCGGUUGCUUUUGGCUACAUGGAGUGUUCAGCAAAGACCAAAGAUGGCUUGAGGGAGGUUUUUGAAAUGGCCACGAGAGCUGCUCUGCAAGCCAGACGUGGGAAGAAGAAAUCGGGUGCCUUGUCUUGUGAAACCCUGCUGCAAGCACAGCCCUCAUGCGGUUAAUUUUUGAAGUGCUGUUUAUUAAUCUUAGUGUAUGAUUACUGGCCUUUUCAUUUAUCUAUAAUUUACCUAAGAUUACAAAUCAAAAGUCAUCUUGCUACAGUAUUUAGAAGCCAACCAUGAUUAUUAAUAAUGUCCAACCUGCCUGGCCCACCAGGGUCUUUUCUGACACUGCUCUAACAUCCCUCUGCACUCCCACCGAACACACCAGGCGCUAAUUCAGAGAAUUUUAACUUCUUGCUUCUUUCUAGAAAGAGAAACAGGUUGGUAACUUUUGUGAAUUAGGCUGUAACUACUUUAUAACUAACA